AUGGAUUUACAAGAACGACGAAAUGCAAAGACCGUGUCGGUCUCCAAUCCAUAUUUAUUACGUCUGAAAUGUUUUCUUUGUCAAGCAUUGAAUCCAAAUAUUAAUGAUGAAAAUAAUAAUUUAAAAAAAGAUAAUAAUACAAAUGAAAAACCAUUGAAUCCUAUUUCGAAGCUUCCAUUGUAUACAUGUGCGGAUUGUGAAGCUAAACUUCGACUAGAGGAAAAAGAAACUGCAAGUAGUUCAACUGUUACAUCUCAAGAAUUCGAAGAAGAAUCUGAUCGAAUGAUUAUCGUACCGGAUACAAGCUCUGAUGAUAAUAAUGAUGAAUGUUGGUGUCAAUCAUGUACAAAUGAUCUAGAUGAUUUGAAUUCUCGUCAACUUUGGGAUGAUCUCUCUCAUAUUAUUAAAUGUGUUUAUCGUGCAACCGACAAAGAAUUUUCAGAAAAUCAAUUUUCUGAUGAUAUAUCCAAAGCAAAAGAAUAUGUUAAAAAACUAACUGACAUUAAUUCUCAAUCUUUAUUUAAUAAACUUGAAUCAAUUGUAUUAGAAUAUGUUCGUGAAAUAAGAAAUCAAGUAUUAGAACGUUUUCAUACGUGUUCAAAAACUUCUCAUGAUGUACAGUUAUUUAUUUCAUUUCUUUUGGACGAAUAUAAUAUGUUCAUACAAGCAGCAAAUAAUGUUUCAACUAUUGUUUCGUAUUUAGAAGAAAAUUAUAUGAAAUCGUUUCAUUUAACAUGGUUAUUAUAUAAUAAACAUUUAUAUGAAAAAUUAAUAUAUAUGGAUCGAAAAAUUCAACAUUCAAUGUCAACCAUGAUUGAUCUCUUACAACCAUCCAAUGACGAUGAUAAUGAUUAUUCACCGGCUGAAUAUACACAGUUGUUAAAUAGAUUUUUAGCUUUUGAUGAAGAAAUGUCUGAAAUAGACUGUUUGUAUAAAGAUUCUCAAGCAAAAAUGACAUCAUCACCACUUAAUAUUUGUAUGCAUCAUGGGUAUCAAUUUGAAAAUAAUCUUAAAAUUAAGAAAAAGAAAAAAUGUAAAAAAGUUAAAAAGCCAAAACAAUUACCAGCAUCAUCGCAAGAAAAUACGAACAGUCCGGCAACAACAGCUGUUGAUAUUCCAUCGUCAAAUAGUUCAUCAUUAGCACCUGUUCCUCUACAACAAGGUUCGAAUGGUUCAUCAGUAGGCUCUGGUAUUGGUGGUGACGAAUCAUCAUCAGUAUCAUCCGUUGAUGAUUAUUUACUGGAUAAUGAUACAUCAUCAUCAGGUUAUACUCUCGAAGAUCAAGAAGAAUUAACUCGUUUAAUGUUAGAAGAAGAUUUAAAUGAACAAUUAUUGGCAAGCAUAUUAGAUAGUGUUUCACCGUUAGCAAGAAUACAACGUGAAAUAUAUCAAUCAAGAUUCAAUGAAAAAAAGACAAAUGUAACAACAACAGUUGAUGAUGAAAAAUGGAUUGAAAGCAUUAUUGAAGGAAUACAAUUUGCGAAUGAACAACAGCAAAAAAUAACAACAAAUGAUGCUAAAGUCAACAUUAAUUCCACGACUAAGAAUAACGAACAAGCCACGAAUAUCACCGUAUCUUCCGAAUCAUCAUCAUCUCAAAAAUCUUCGUCCACAAAAUCUAAAUCGAGUAAAUCAUCUCAUCGUCGUAAAGAAAGUUCAUCCUCCACUGCAUCAGCAACAACAAUGUUAACAACGACAACAACGACAACAACAACAACUCAAAUUCCCAAAAAAUCUAUUGCUGCUGAUUUACUUCUCCCACGUUCUAUAGCUGAUCUUUCAGCUAAAAUUCAAUCGGUUUCAUUUACUGCUGGAACGUUUGGUUCAAUAACAUCAGCAAAUACAAAUGAUUGUUAUCAGUCAUCAUCAUCAUCUUCGUGUUCAUCAUCAAAUUGUUCAACAACAACAUUAACAGCAGCCAAAACAACAACACCUACAGGUCAGACGCGUCUCAGCAUCAAUUUAACACGUAAGCCAGGUUCGAAAACUGCUGAACAUGGUGGUCAAAAAAUAGCUGAAGCACUUUUUAAUGAAUUAACAAGUUUUGGAAAUGGAGAACAUUUAAAUAAUGGAAGAAAAAAAGACAAUCAACAAUUUAAAAAAACUAAACAACAACGUUCAACUAUCAAUGAAACACUAAUUAAUUCUACAAAUAGUUCUCAUUCAUUUUUUAAUUCAUCAAAUAAAUCGGAUUCAAAUUCAUCAUCAACAGCUUACAAUAAUUUAGAUCAUCUUCUUCGUCAUGCAGCAUCAAAUACAGAUGUAUCAGAAGCAGCAUUGCAUUCAAUACUAUCAUCGUUUCAUUCUCCGACAUGUCUCGAUUCAUCAUCGUCAUCAUCAGUAAAGCAUUCAGUAUCGUCAAAAACAACUGAAGCAUUGCAAACAUUACUUGCUCAACAACAACAACAACAACAACAGCAGCAGCAGCAGCAGCAGCAUCACCAUCAUCAUCAAAAAAAGAAUUCAACAAACAAUAAUAAUAAACCUUGCGAAUUUUGUUGUUGUGAAUCUACUGAUGGGCGAAAUUGUGCAGCAUCAACGUGUCUUCAUUUGUCAUCAACAUCAAAUACAACCAAUGGGCCGAUAAGUAGUUGCGUUACAUGUAUGUCUUUGCCGGGCACGACAGCCUCAGUUAUGGGUACAACAAUAUCAGGUACCUUUAAUCAACGUGAUGUGGAGAUGAAAGAACGCUUAAAACUUAAAUUAACGAAAAGAAAUGUGCAAAAUUUAACUGAACAACAAAAUUUAUCAAAAGAUCAACAGAAAAAAAGUUCCACAACAAAUAAAAAACAAGCAAUACAAAAGAAUUCUAAAAUAAAAGAAUUUCUUAUUAGUGAUCAAAAUGAUAUUGAUGAUCUAGUUCGAUUUAUUGAUGGAAAUGAAACAACUUCAUCAAAUCAUAAUGAACAUCAAACAAUAAUAACAACAAACAAUGAAGCAGCAUCAAAAAAAAACAAAAAGAAAAAAGAUAAACAAUUAAAAGUGAAUAAUAAUAGCGAGGAAAUAAAAAUAAAUUCUUGCCAAUCUAAAGAACAACAAUCAACACAUAGAAAAAAACAAAAUACGGUCAAUACUGCGGAACGAAUGACUUCUUCUGAAAUACCAUCUCGAAGUGCUUCAAUUUCAUCAUCAUCUACGAAAGUGACACCUAUUCCAUUAUCAACUCCUGUUGUGGAAACUCAAAAACCUUUAUCAAAACGAAAACAAAAGGCCAAAUUAAAAAUUGAACAACAACAAAAACAAGUAGCUAAUUCUUCAAAUGAAUCAUCAACUAGUCCUAAUGUUAUCGCUACAACUAAUCCUCCUUCAUUAGCAUCUAUUGCUUCUGUUCUGGUCUCUACUCCUGAAUCAUCAUCAUCAUCAUCGUCAUCAUCCUCGUCGUCUUCAUUUUCUCAACGAACUGAUACACCUCGAACGAGUUUUGAUCACCCGUCAGAAAGUUUUGAUUUACCAGAAGAGGAAGUCAACUGGAUCACUAUUUCACGUAAGCAAAGUAAACAUAAGCCAGCAAUUUCAUCUGUGCCAUCUCUACUUGCUGUACCUAUUCUGCCCGUUGUUCCGCCGACUAAUGGCAAACAAUAUCGACCACAACAACAGACAACAGUCAAUACUAAAAAGACAACUACAACGGUCAAUCCUUCAUAUUUCGUUCAACAAAAAGUGACACCGACAACUAUUGUGUCAUCGAAUCUUGCCUCGGAAACUAUGUUGAAUACCAAUAAACAGCAAAAUACUGCUUUAGCUCCACCUCGUCUGCAAAAUGUACUAAAAAAUCAUGCGUCCCAUCAAUCACAAAAAGUUGAAACACUAUUACCAUGUGCAACGACUGUGCAACCACUUGUGAAUCUUUGGAUGAAUAAUAAUGUUAAGGAGCACACUACUUCAGGCCCAUCAACACAUGCAUCUUCUGCUUUGUCAUCAUCAACUCUACUCCCUACGACACCAACUUAUAUUCCAAGUCAUACUCCGCCACAAUCUUCGUUUGUAACAACUAUACCAAUUGGUAGUGCAACCGUUACUUCACCAUCACCUUUAAUUCUAUCUGAAACUUUAUCAUCAUCUAUGUAUUGGGAUCCUAGUGGUUUUCUAAUUCCACCACCAUCUCAAUCGAUAAUCAUCCCAACACUUGCACCUGGUCCUGUGCAACGACCGAAUUCAUCAUUUUCACCAGCUCCUGGUACUGUUAAUAAUUCAACAUCUCGCUGUAUUCAGCGACCUUCUCCUGAGCCACGUUCUUGUUCAACCAAUUCUGUUCCUUUUCCACUAUAUUCUCCUAUGAAUUAUGCUGUAGGUGGUAACUCAACUUCUUCGUGGAGUGACAGUUCUGUAACAAAUAGAAAUGAAUCAAAUUGGAACUAUACACAAGAAUCACAGCCACUGGGAUUAUCAACAGAUUCAACUGAUUUUCCUCUUUACAAUCCAUUUCAUAGUGGUGCUGGACUUACACUUCCGUCGACAACAGAGAAAAACUCACUAAUAAAUGGUUUUUCAGAACAUUAUACUGAUCGAUGUGCUGUUCCACACGAUAAUGAUACCAAUGAGAUGGAUGUACUCAAUCAAGAAAUUGAAGAUUUUAAAAAAUUUUGUUUCGAAAAAUGUCCCGUUGGAAACAUGUGA